AUGGAACAUUAUAGUUUCUUUUAUUCGCACCUAUCCUACGAUUCAUCGCAUCGUCAAAGUUUCACUUCAAUCGAUCGAAUUACCUUAGCUAUUCAGAGUCGACUGUCAAUUGUGCAUGCUAAGCCAUCACAAUCACGAAAUUUCCCACUUGUACAAAGAAGUGGAGAUGGUAUUGUCAUGCCAGCUUGUUAUAGUGGGCAAUUUCAGCAAAUUACGCCAAUAGCAGCAACAACGAGUGAUUCAAUUGGAGGAAAUGCGGCGAUGAGUGCGAUGCCAGCUUAUUAUACAACAUCAGUUACACAGACGACGCUAUAUAAUCAAGCAGGAACGAUAUACGGUGCAAGUGGAAACAUUGGACAACCAAGUGGAUACGGUAUUCCGAUGUCUGGUUAUUAUCAAAUGCCGCAGGAUCGGUCCACUGUAAAUAGACAAUAUAGCUCUGGUAUGUUUUAUGGUCAACAACCAGUUGUUUAUCCAUCUGUUGCACAAGCAACUGCAUAUUCUUCAUUCCCACGAACUCAUGAACAGAUGUCAAUCUGGUCUGUUUGGAAUGAAUGGUACGGUCAGUCAAGAAGUUAUGUUUUACGCAACAAUGAUGAAUAUCCGCCUCAUCAAACAUAA